AUGGAAUUUCCAAGAGAUAUCUCAAAUAAUCUGUCAAAUAAAAAUCUAAAGCAGUAUUUUACUGGCCUUUUUGUUCAAGAACAAAAUGAAGCUUUUCCUCAAUUUUUUUAUCAAAAUUUCGUUGCUCCUAAUUAUUCAUAUAAUGUUUAUAACCAAUUUUUGAGAGGUACUUCUAAAGUUAAUUAUAUUAACAUUAAGAAAGAAUCUGGCAAUUUACAAAGGAUAGAUUUAACUCAAGAAAAAGAUAAAUUUGAUGUUUUUAAUGAAGAAUUAGAAGUAAAAAGUUACAAAGAUUUCUAA